AUGUAUAUGAAAAAAUCAUUAGCCAGUUUUGUUGGCGAUCCGGAAAAAAUGUUCAUGGUGAGGUUAGCUAAUUUAAUGCCAUGGCUUAUUCCAGUGUUAAUUAAAAUUAUGAAUAGUCUUAUUGCAUUAAUAAACCUUCUACACAAAUUGAUGCCUUCAAUAAUGGUUAAUGUUGAAGGUCCUCCACAAUUAUGGAUUUUUAAACAAAUUGAUAAUGUUGUUAAACAAAGACUAAGAUCAGAAAAUAAAAGAAUAGAUUUACUUCAAUUAAUGUUAGACUCAUCUACACAAGAAGAAAUUAAGGAUGAUGAAAAUGAUGAAUUUAUGUCAAAAAAACUUCAUUAUAAAGAAGUAUUAAUGAAUGCAGUGACUUUUGUAAACGCUGGUUUUGAAACAACCUCACUUAGUCUUGCUCGUGCAACGUAUCGAUUAGCUAAACAUCCAAAUAUUCAAGCAAAACUACAAGCUGAAAUCGAUGAGCAUUGGAAAGAUGAAUUAGAUAUUGAUUAUGAUAUCAUUAAUGAUAUGAAAUAUUUGGAUAUGUUUAUCCGAGAAGUUCUUCGAAUAAAUUCUUCUACACAUAGAAUUUCUAGUCGAGAGUGUUCUCAAUCAACAAUUGUUUGUGGUCAUCAUAUUGAAAAAGGUAGUAUAAUUCAAGCAGACAGAUAUACGAUCCAUCGUAAUAUUGAUUUGUGGGGACCUGAAGACCCAAAUGAAUUUAUUCCCGAACGUCAUCUUGUCAAACGACAUCCACUGGCUUUUAUGCCCUUUGGUAUUGGACCAAGAAACUGUGUUGGAAUGAGAUUUGCAUUAAUGGAAUUAAAAAUGGCCUUGGCUAAUAUCUUACAUAAAUAUACAAUUCUACCUGGAAAUGAACUUGAAGAAGGAAUGAAAAUACAAGAAAAUAUAACUCUUUCACCAGAAGCUAUUAACAUACGAAUUAGAAAACGAUGA